GAGGCCGUUGAGCUUUGGCUGAAAGCCUUAGAAAUCGACGAGGCAGCUGACAGCAACAGCCUUCAGAUGGCUCAUUCUGCAUCACUACUGGCCUCCUGCUUUGAUGAUCUGGGGCGUUCCGGCGAAGCGGAGCGCUACCACAACAAGGCACUUGCUGCCUUCGAAAAGGCUUUGGGACGCUCGAGCACAGAAGCGUCUUGCGCAGAGCUCGCCCUCACAACCUGCCGUUACGUCCAAG